UUCCCCGCCGCGCCGCGGUCCAUCUCUGGCAGCAGCGCCGCGGCGUCGUCGUCAGCUGGGCGCGCGCCCUCCGGCGACACGCCGCCGCGCUGCAGGUGCGGUGCGCCGUCUCGGAAGAGCAACGUGCGCAAAGAGGGCCCCACGAAGGACCGGCCCUACUGGCACUGCGCCGCCCGCCGCUGCGGCUUCUUCACGUGGGCCGACGCGGAGGCCAGGCGGGAUGCCAGCAUGUGGUGGCAGCGGUUCCCAGAGUUCGUCAUCGUCAGCGACUUCGGGUUCCGUGCCGAAGACCUUAGGCAGGGCGGCGUCGGAGACUGCUGGUUCAUGUCCGCGCUCGCUGUGGUCGCGGAGCGGCCCGACCUGAUCCUGCGCCUGUUCGGGGGCGAAACGGCCAGGAACGCCGCCGGCUGCUACCAAAUCCAGUUGUUCCUGGACGGGUGCUGGCAGGCAGUCCUGGUGGACGACCGCCUACCCUGCACCAGUCAGCAGCGGCGACCAGACGGCACCAGCAUCGCGUACAGCCGCGCAGACGGCCAGCAGCUGUGGUCCGCGCUGGUGGAGAAGGCUUACGCCAAAAGCGCACGGCUCCUACAAGGCCAUCAGCGGCGGGGAGAUCUCGGAGGCGCUGCUGGACCUCACGGGCUGCCCCACCGAGUCGAUCGACUUCGACGAGCACGGCUUCGACCCGCAGGAGCUCUGGCACCGGCUCGUGGCGUUCAAGGGCAAGGAGUUCCCCAUGGGCUGCGCCACGGUAGGGAACCCAGAGCUCCGCGAGGUUGGCCUGUGCGGGAACCACGCCUACAGCAUCCUCGACGUCCGCGAGAUCUUCGACGCCCGCUUCGCCGGCAGGCCCGAAGGGUACGGUGGAGCCCGCGAGGACGGCGCCGUGCGGCUCCUGCGCAUCCGCAACCCGCACGGCGUGGGCGAGUGGAACGGCGAGUGGAGCGACAGGAGCGCCGAGUGGACGGAGGGUCUGGCAGCAGUCCUCGGCCGGACGGGCGUCGACGACGGAACCUUCUGGAUGGACUACACGCACUUCCUGAUGGCCUUCCAAGUCGUGGACGUGUGCAUGGCGCACCGCGGCUGGCACUCCCAGAGCUUCGAGACGGCCUUCUGCGCCAGGGCCUCGGGCUCGCGGCUGUGUCGGCACAUGUACAGGGUCCAGUGCGACGAGGCCACGACGCUCUACCCAUGGCGCUGCAGCCCACCAAGAGGGGGUCGUGGUGCCGCGAGGACCGGAAGAAGAGCUACAAGCCCGGAGACGUCAGCCUGCUGCUUUUCCGCCUGAAGGGCGACGGCACUGUGGGCGAGGUGGUCGGGGGCAAUUUCUUCGGCGCGGACGUCAUGGCGAGGCGGGCCAUUCAGGCCAGCCUGGAGCCGCGGGCAGAGUACCUGCUCGCCGCGUUCUGCUUCGGCACGGGCCCGACCGCCCACGGCGGCGACGCGAGGAGCUCGGCGCCGUUCCGGGUGCGGCUGUUCGCCUCGCGGCCGCCCCGCGUCCAGCAGGUCCAGGCCGACCAGGCGCCGCAGCUGGCCGCGGCGGCCGUGGGCGCACUGCACGCGGCGUGCCUGACCCUGGCGCCAGCGCCCGGGCGCCGCUUCCGCAGGCUGGUGCGGCGGCUGGCCUCCGACGUGGUCGUCUUCCAGGCGGGCGAGGAGGCGGAGGCGGAGGCGGUGGCGGAGGCGGAGGCGGAGGAGGCGGAAAAGGAGGAGGAGGAGGCGGAGGCGGAGGCGUAG